UAUGCAAAUAUGAGACGCUCGAACUUCAACUUCCACAGUGAACUGUGGGGAAAUAUGAGAAAAAGAGCAGACACACGAGGUCGCGAACUUAACUGGGACGUGGAGAGAGACCAUCCGUGGAUAUCCUGCCUUCAACGUGGAUAUUUUCUAAUGUGCAAUAUGACUUUUGAGGAAACCAGCGGAGAAAACUCUACAGAAAGGAUGGAUUCGGUGGCUAAAGCACUGGAGGAGGUUCUCAGCUCCGCGUUACCUCAGGGUUGCAUUACUGUCGGGGUAUACGAGGCAGCCAAGUCACUCAAUGUUGACCCGGAUAAUGUGGUGUUGUGCCUCCUGGCGACGGACGACGAACAGGUAGAAGACGUGGCCCUCCAGAUCCACUUUACCCUUAUCCAGGCGUUCUGCUGCGAGAACGACAUCAACAUCCUGCGGGUCAGCAACAUGAGGCGCCUCGCUGAGAUCCUUGGAGGAGUGAAGCCAGGAGGAGAGCCAAUGGACAUGCACUGUGUACUAGUUACUAACCCCCAGUUGACCACAUGGAAGGACCCAGCUCUGAGCAAAGUGAAUCUCUUCUGUAGAGACAGUCGAAUCCUGGACCAGUGGGUCCCCAUUAUCAACCUACCUGACUGAUGACUCUACCCAUGUUGUGCACUUUAUAUGGAAACAUCGCACACUGCACUAGAUCUGUGUAAUAACCCCUUUGUUGGACCUCUCAUGAACAACCUUGAUUCUGCCAGAGCAGAUUGACGCCAGAGCGAGAUAGAGGACCAGGAAAUCUCCCCCAAAAUAACAAGAAAAUCUCAAAAUCCAACUAAAUUUGCUGGAUCAGUGUGGAUUUUAAUGCAGAGGUUUCGGCUGAGGAAGAGUGAUUCAGCAUUCUAGGUUCCAAGACUGCCAUGGUAACAAUGAUGACUGUAAUUACAAGGCAACGGUUGGUCAUUGGUAUGACUGUGCCCUCCUUGCCGGGAAGAAAGCCAUUACAGGAAGCGGAAUCAUGUGAGCACACACAGCAGAACACACUGGACACAGGUGGUGGUGAGCAGAGCAGAGAACACCAGGCAGCAGGGGAUUGGAAUCUACUGGAGGAUCAGACAACUGACUACAAGGAAUUGACCGGACUCAAUUUAACCAGACAGGAUUUUACUGAACUGGACUGGAGUAGUCUGAACUACAGGUUGGAUAAUGCCUCAAGGAAAGUGGACAAAUCUCAACUGUAAUUUAUAUGAUGUUGAUCAUCUCUGAAUUGUUUUGAGAAUUAUUUAAAUAAAAAAGGGAAGAUAUUGUCAGGACAAGGCAAUGUAUUGUCUUAAACAUUAACUUGUUGUUUUAUUUUAAUUCAUAUGUUUGCGUUAAUUUAAUGAAUUGUAUUUAUGUUGCAAUGUUCAUCAACAGCUACCUUUGUAGAGAAAUAAACAGAACUGAACUAAACAUUU